GUGGAACUGUUAUUAUUGGAUCAAAGGAAAAGAUGCCAGUAGAGGCAUCAUCUUCGGAUGGUAAACGUGCUUUUGAUAGCACUUUAGAUUCGGAUUUAAUUUCUUCUGUGGAGGUCAAGAAGAUCAAAUCAAUGGAAGAAAGUGACGAACAAAAUAAUGGGAUUGUGGAGGAAGAAAGUCAGAAAGCAAAAAAUUAUGAUGAAAAAAUUUUAUCAGCUGAUGAAUUGGAUUUGGAAUAUCUAAGAGAACAGAUGAACGACGAAGAUGAAGAAAAUUCUUUAGAUGACAAUUCUGAUGAAGAAGAUACGGUUGAACUUGUAGAUAUAUCAUUUAAUUCAUUUGUUGGUUCAUCAAAAACCGAUAACAAAAAUUACAAAUGGAAAUUAAAGAAUGGUGAAAACGUAAGAAGUCGGCUCAUAGUUAUGACAAAAAAGGCAAUCGAAGAAGCAAAACAAGCUGAAAAAGUUGACACGAAAAUAUUGAGUGUUAUAAGGUUGGGACUAUCUUCCAUAAUAGAUCUUUCGUCUGAGUUCAAAGAAGGCAUGUACACCUGGUUCGGGGACAAUUGGAUACCAUUAAAGAAAAAAGUAUUAUCAAUAAUUGACUUGAAAGUUGAAAGAUUCACAGGAGAAGUAUUAGAAUUAAUUACAAAAGUAGAAAAUCUUUGUGGUUCAUACGAUUAUUUGGGGGCACGAAAAAUUGUAUUAGAAAAAAUAAUGGAACGACCUAUUGAUAGUCAAAUGAGACAAGUAGCAAAAAUAUAUUUCAAUAUCAUUGAUUUAUUUUUAGAAAAUCCCUAUAUUUUCAUCAAAAAAGAUGGCCGGCCUCAAAACCAUACUGAAAUUCAAUAUGCGAUGAUUUUAACAGGCUCUAUUUUAGACAUAAUAUUCUCAGAUCAACGAGAUUAUGUUAGACUGAUAUGGGGAGAAGUAGUUUCGCAAGUCACGAAUGAUUCAAGAAGAAAGAUUGACCUUUGUAUAAAAACUGAAGAUGGCACGAAAGAGCUGAGCCAUUCCGAAUACGCUCGGGAAGCUACACUUAGCAAUAUUCCUGAUGAAGCUUUAAAUGAUACGGCAAUUUUUGGAUUACAGCUGGCGGCUUUGGACGGUCAAUUGAUUGGAGUUGAUUUACUGGACGAAGGGCUUUAUUUUGGAUUCGAUGGACCAGCGUUUAAGUUUCCCGCACAGAUUUGUAGUAUUGACGUCUUAAGACAAGCCUUAGAAAUUUUAUACUAUUUUAAG